CAUACUGACGAUAUUGUUGGUUUUUUACACAUUGAACAUGACUGUCAUAGUUGCAUGGUGCUUUGUGUUACUGCUAACGUGUGUCUCGUCGUCCCCGACCAAGCAAGACAUAGAGGGAGCUAUACGGUUUAUGAGAGAUAUUGUAGAAAAUGCCCAGAUAAAGAAGGAGAAGAAAUACGUGCCUUUAUUGGAAUGGGCAGAACACAAGGGGGUCUGGCCGAGUUAUGUCAAGCAGUACUUUCAUGGUGACCCUGACUUGGCUUUGUUCAGGCAACUAUUUGGUGUGUUUGACAACAACAUGUUUGCCACAGCGUAUGUGAUGGAGAUUCUGGCAGAGUUCAGUAGAUAUGGAGAUAUGACGGGUUUUAAUCUGAGGGGUAUCAACGCUGGUCUAGACGCCAUCAAGGAUCACCGGGACAAGAAUGUUGCCUUCAACAAUUCUUUAAUGACGUUCUGGCCACAAGUGUAUAAUGAAUCCGUGAAGGCGUGGGACAGCAGUCCUCGAAACUUGGUGGAUCUUAUAGAGGGGAUCAAAUAUCUACCCUUAAACUGGACCUAUGCUGAGCUUGAGAAACUUGGUCUAAAGGACAUCGAGUACAUCAUGACGCGGCUUAUGAGAUCUAGAGAUGGGUACAUGUCGGUGUUUCAUGUUCCGCCAGAUUUUGAUGACACUUUUCUCAACAUCGGUCUAGGUUCAAUGCUAAAGGAAACGUCUCAUACCUUCCGAGAGGCCUCUGAUUUGUGGAUGUCCCAAAACUCUAACCUGACAUCUGUAUUUGAUGCCCUGAAGCGUUAUGCCUACAGACCAUUUUCCGGAGACCAGCGAGUCAACACGAUCGAUUCCCGGUCUUAUGUCUACCUGCGGAAGUGGCUAGAGCAGGAACAGAAAGCUGGAAACGACGUGGUCCUUGUGCCAACGUGGAUCCAGGACACUGAUGAAGUUCGGACCUGGUUACAAAAGGGGGUGAUGAUGCCAUUCAACAUUAACAACGUCGACGUCACUGUAUCCGCUAACUUCAUGUAUGCUGUAACAGCCGGCAUCAUCAAUGGUGUACUUGAACCUUCUUUGUUGGAUGACACAGACAUUCUGAAAAUCUAUAACGACACUACACGAAUGCUCGCUUUCCAAAUCCAGACUAAUUUCUCUGAUCGUGUUGACCUUGCGCUUACGUACUAUCCGCCAGUCAUAGAGUUCUACUGGUUUGUGGCCAGGACGUACAAUAAACUCCAAGAAACUCUUGACAAGACGGGAUCACUGCCACAUAAGGGGAUGGAACAGGUUCUGGAGGACUUCAAGCAGGUGCUACGAGAGUAUGCGUCACCUUGGAUCCUGGACCAGCGAAAGACUGGAAACCAGACAGGCUGGGACACCAUCUACUACGAUGACUUUCUCGGCGGUGGCGACACCACGUACGACAACAUGUCUGUGAACAACGCGGAAGACCGUAUUUUCACCAGCUCCAUGGCCCUGAACGCCUUGAUGACUAUCUGGACUACUGAGGACCAGCACACAGGGAAGCUUAUCUGGGAUAAAGAUACGCCUGCAUUGGUUCAAGAGACUGUCAAGAAGAUUGUAACAUGGCUGUAUCUAAACAGCUAUGGGGGUCAAUACAAACCCUGGAACGCGUUUUUCUCUGGUUCCAAUAAGGGCGAAACGACAUCUCCAGCUAUGUACCCAGUGAAUCGGAUCGAGCUUUUCAAUGGGACAAGGGUCCCUAUUGCUGACAACUGUAGAAUACACAGAGGGAACGAACCAUUUAUUUUUGGAGUUGAGGGAAUUAUACCUGAAGCGACGUACGAGAACAUGACAAGUAAAUGCCAUUCUCCUGUAGUGUUCCAUGGGUAUAACGACCAGGAUCGCUACUUCCCUUUCUGGAGCUCUGAUGCCUACACCUACGUUACGGCCAUGACCGGAAUGGCCAAAUAUGUCCGCACCCUUCCUGAAUAAAGCACCUGGGAAGAG